GACGACAAAAAGCGACGGCAGCUGUGCGCGCGUGCGAGCGCUCCUCACCGUUCCUCGGUGCGUGUGUUUUGAAUCGGAAGCGGAGUGCUACGCGCCGUCUACCUUUGCGGCGGUCAAGUCACGUUCGUACCUUUCCGCAGGUGUGACGCGGGUAUUUCCUGCUUCUUCUUCUUCGCUUACGGGACGGCGUCCACGUCGUGUCGUACUGGACGAUCGGCGGCUUUCGGCAUGGUGUUGUCAUGCGACCCUGUCGCCGGCGCGCGUUGACGACAUCGAGGCGAGGAACAGCGGCGGUCGGUGAGCCGAGGUAGUGCUUAGGCCUAGCCCGAAGGAGUCCGCCGUUGUGUCGGGUCGCCUUACAUCUCGGGAGUGUUUCGAGAGUGUCACGACCUCCUGAUCGGCGUUUGUGCUUCUGGAGCCUUCGUACGUGUUUACGUUAAGGAGUGUCAGUGAGUCCGAGCAGCGCCAAAGGCUGUCGGGGGUUCUGUGAAUCGGGGAGUGUGUUUUUUGUUCUGACCGCAGGUCUCGGGCAAGCGGUCGCAAUUGGUAGCGGCAGGCCGUUGUGCGGGGAGGAGAGACACGGAAAUUGGCUGCGAUGCCUCCUCUAGCGCGGGACCAGCAGUCGGCGAGCUUGUUAACGCCGGAGAUGAAGGCGACGCUGGCCGCCAACAGCGGUGGCUCGGCCGCUGCUGGCGGCGACGGCUGUGUGUGUUCGGUCAAGUGUGUGCUCGUCGGGGACGGAGCCGUCGGCAAGACGAGCCUCGUCGUCAGCUACACCACCAACGGCUACCCCACGGAGUACGUGCCCACGGCGUUCGACAACUACUCCGUGGUUGUGACUGUGGACAACCAGCCAAUCCGUCUGCAGCUCUGUGACACAGCGGGACAGGACGACUUCGACUCCCUGCGGCCCCUGUGCUACCCGAACGCGGCCGUGCUGCUGCUCUGCUUCUCCGUGGUGUGCCCCACGUCGUUCCAGAACGCCUCCCAGAAGUGGCUGCCCGAGCUGAGGCGCCACUGUCCGGACGCCCCCAUCGUGCUCGUCGGCACCCAGUGCGACCUGCGCACUGACGUCAAGGUCCUCAUCGAGCUCGCCCGCUACGGCGAGGAGCCCGUGCCCGAGUCUGCGGCGCGGCACGCCGCCCACCGCAUGGGGGCGCUGGCUUACGUCGAGUGCUCGGCGCUCACGCAGAAGAACCUGAAGGAGGUCUUCGACACGGCCAUCGUCGCCGCGCUGCGCCGGAACAGCCCCGGCCUGGUCGGCAAGGGCCAACCUUCUCCUUCCAGGUCGUCGCCGGGUCCAGGAACGGCACGGGACAGUUCGGCAACGGGUUCGUGCGUUUCCCGGAGGCGAGCCAUGUCGCUAGACCGGCGAGGCGCGAGGGACUACGAGGGAAGAAAGACCGGAUGGAAGAAGCUGUGCUGCUUCAUCUGA